UAGGGGUCACCUGUCAUUGGAUAGAUGAAGAAACGUUUGAGAGACGAUCCGCUGCACUUGCAUGCCAGAGGUUGAGGGGGUCCCACACGUUCGAUGUGCUAGCAGGUGCCCUUGAUGACGUUCACUGUCAGUACGGGUUAAGGGGAAAAGUUGUAAGAACCACAACAGACAGCGGGUCAAAAUUUAUCAAAGCAUUCAGCGUGUUUCGGGAGCAGAGCCUGUCCACGGAAGCCGAGUCAGACUCUUCUGAAGAAGAGCCCAAAGUCAACCAUCAAGACACAUUCAACAUCCUGGAAGAAAACAACGGUCUUGAAUACCAACUGCCUUCUCAUCAAAGGUGCGCGUCACCUGUUAACAGAUGCUGCCAAGGCAGAAGAACAGAAUGAUACAUACAAACAGCUAUCACGUGCAGCCUUUGGGAAAUGCCAAGGACUGUGGAACAAAACAGGUCGGUCACACAUGGCUGCAGAAACUGUGGAAGAAGAAUGCAUCCUCCAGUUCAUACGGCCAAAUCAAACACGGUGGAACUCCACAUACAUGGCUGUGGAGAGGAUCAUACAAAUUAUACACGAGAAGGGAGAGGGUGCCAUCAGAAAUGACUGUGAGAAAUUCAAGGUGAAAAUGCUGAGUCCGGAUGAAAUCGCCUUCUUGACCCAGUACUGCACCGUGAUGAAGCCUGUGACGAAGGCAUUAAACAUCCUUCAGUCAGAGAUGAACACACACAUGGGAUGGCUGCUGCCAGUGAUCUUCCAGUUAGAAGCAAAACUCGAACGACUGGAAGUAUCCUACAAGUUGUGCCUACCACUAAUCAAAGCCAUUCAGGUUGGUGUCCAGAAGCGCUUUGGUGGGAUGAUGGGAGACCCUGAACUGAUAGCUGCAGCGAUCCUUCUGCCAAAAUUCAAGACCACUUGGACUGAGAAAGCCAACGUCAUAGAAGCAGGUUUGGCCUAUGUGAAGCACCACAUUGAGCACAUGACAGAGGAUAAGAUGGAGCAUGUCGGCCACUCAUCAGACGAGGACGAUUUCUUCUCAUCACUGAAGUCCAGAAAGUCAAAAGGCACAAGUGAGCUAGAUGGGUUCAUUGCCUGUGUUUCAGACAAAAUGGACCUACUGAACUCUUUUCCUCUCAUCAGAAAGCUCUCUCUCAAACUCAACACUGGCCUGCCUGCUUCUGCUGCUUGUGAGCGCCUCUUCAGCUGUGCUGGACUGCUUUUCACUGCAAACCGAGCUAGAAUGAACUCUACUAACUUUGAAAACCAGCUCCUGCUCAAACUAAAUAGCAAGUUCACUGAGUAAUUAAAAUGAGGAACUGAAGCAGAGCAGGAGGAGAAAGAAACGGUGUAAAAAGUGCUUCGAAAAAUCAGUCAAAAAAUCCUAGAAGAAGAAAGAAUUGACUUUCACUUGGAGAUGGUUCAUCCAGAGAUCUGUGAUUU